CAUAGGUGCAUAUGUAUUCGGUGCUGAGAUGGUGGGCAACAUGCACCAGGCACGAACGUGGAAUGCGAUUGCCCAUUUCUUUCUUUCUUUCUGAUGAGCUUCUUCCGACCCCGUGGGGAUAUGUAAACGAGGGGAUGGCCCAUGAAGGGCAAUUGAUGUGAAGUCUGGGCAAGUGCCGGUGCAGCACCAGUUAACGUGAGUGACGACCUCGCACACUCGCUGAAGACCUUGUCAGCUCGAGAAGUUGGGGGGCUCCCAUCUCAUCGAGAACGAGAGCCGAUGCACUAACUUUACGAGUCCCUGCGAGAGAUCAAGUUGCUAUAAAUGAUAAAGACAGAGCACUCUUUACGCAUUCUCAGCCGUCCGAUCCCUCGCUACCCGCCCAUCCUCUCCAAUUUCCCUGGCCACCUUCUCCAGCGCACUCGCCACCAUGCUGCACCAGAACGUCGCCCUCAAGUCCCUCGCCUCGCUGGCGCUCCUCCUUCCCUCUCUCACCGCCGCCGCUACUUUACAAGUCGCGUCCCCUGAACGGCCAUUUAUCCUCGCCGAGCGGACGGCUGGUUCGUACCCGUCGAGCUCCAGCAACUCCACCUCCGCUUCACUUGGCGCGUUCCCCCAUGGCUUGCACUUUGGCGUCGACUAUUACCCCGAAGCCUGGGUUGACCCGGGCGAGCUCGACAAGAAGGCCACCGACACGCAACGGCAGAAGGAGGCCGGGCUACAGUACGUUCGCAUAGGCGAGUUCAUGUGGAAGAACAUCGAGCCACAGGAUGGUGUGUACAACUUCACUUUGCUCGAUCAAGCGAUCGAGGACAUUGGCUCCAAGGGCAUGAAGGUGAUCCUCGGCACGCCGACAGCCACACCGCCGAGGUGGGCCUCGCUCAAGUACGACAUUCUGCCGCAGGAUAGCAUGCACUUUGACCGCAUUCACGGGUCUCGAAGGCACUACAGCUUCAGCAGCCCGGACUACCAGAUGUUGUCGAAGCGCAUCACCAAGAAGCUGGCGGAGCGAUAUGGCGACAACCCGCAUGUCGGAGCCAUCCAGCUCGACAACGAGUUUGGAUGUCACUCGACGGUGCGCACAUACGACAAGCACGCCAAGGGCGCCUUUCAAAAAUGGUUGCAGAACAAGUACGGCGAUGUGGAGACGAUGAACCGCCUGCAAGGCAACACUUUCUGGUCUCAAGCCUACGACGCAUUCGACGAGGUCGAUGUCCCCACGCAGGAAGUCACAGAGUCCAACCCGGCCCUGCGGCUUGACUUCUUCGAGUUCAGCUCCGACCAGGUCAUUGCUUUCGCCAAGGACCAGGCUGACAUUUGGAGGAAGUACCGCAAGCACAACGCGCCUAUCUCCACCAAUUUCAUGGGCUUCUUUGUCGACUUUGACCACCACAAGUUUGCCAAGGAAGUUGGGCUCGAGCUCGCCACUUUUGACUCUUAUCCGCUCGGCAACACCGAGCAGUUCGACUGGGUGCCGACCGCUGACAAGGUCAAGUACGGUCGUCAAGGCCGGCCAGACGCGCAGAGCUUCCACUUUGAGCUCUACAAGGGUGUCGCUGGCAUGGGCAAGGGCCAAGCCACGGGUGACUGGGGUGUAAUGGAGUUGCAGCCAGGUGCUGUCAACUGGGCCCAGUACAAUCCCAUCCCGCUCAAGGGUAUGGUUAGACUUUGGCUACACGAGAUCUUCGCCCACGGAGGGUCCCUUGCAGCCAUUUUCCGCUGGCGUGAGGCAUUCUACGGCGAAGAGCAGAUGCAUGAGGCCAUGUACAGACGCGACAACACUCAGAACCAGGCUUACAUCGAGCAGCAAGAAGUUGCCACCAAGGACCUGCCGGCUCUGAUCCAAGCUGGCUUGCUGUCGGAGGUACAAGGCGAGACGGGCACUGUGACCACCUGGUCCGCGGAGACGCCCAAAACCAAGGUCGCCUUCGUCCACGACUAUUACUCGCAGUUCGUUCUCGAGAGCAACCCGCAAGGUGGUAUCUGGUCGACAAACACGUUCAACAGUGUGCCUUUCGUUUGGCACGAGAUCAACGGAAACUUCUACAGCGCGCUGCGCCGUCUCGGCCUCGCAGUUGAUGUCAUUAGCCCUGACACCGACCUUAGCGCAUAUGACCUCGUCGUCGUGCCCGCCAUGGCUCACAUUUCCGAUGCAUUCGAGAAGCACCUCAACGCUUACAAAGGAAGCAUUGUCUUCGGCCCUCGGUCAGCUUCCAAGGUCGACACUCUUUCCAUUCCAGACGGUCUCCCGCCUUCCGCUGGCGCCGUUCGUGACCGUCUCCCCAUCAGCGUGAACCGCGUCGAGUCUCUGCGCCCCGAUCUCGCUGACAAGGUCAGCUUUGGCGGUAAGGAGUACCCCGUCAAGUCGUGGGCCGAGUGGGUCCGCUGUGCACGCAACGGCACCAACACCUCCAUGCCCGUAGAGGCUACGUUCAGCAGCUAUCGCGACGGCGAGCCUGCAACCUGUGCGCACAAGACCGAGGACGGCAAGGUGUCGCGCUACGUUGCCUACUACGCCGACGCCAACUUCCUCACGGCUUACCUCGGCAAGGUCGCCUCGGAAGCCGGCAUCAAGGACGUGUGGGGAAACACUGUCUCCAGCAGCUCAGACCUUGGCGAAGACUUGCGCUUCUCUCGUCAAGGCAAUGCCGUAUUCGCAUUCAAUUAUGGCCCAUCAGCGGUCGACGUGCCGAGCUCGGUGCCUUCGAGCGCAUCCGUCAUCGUUGGUGAUGCCAAGUCCGUUGCCGCCGCCGGCGUCGCGGUCUGGAAACUGUCAUAACCGCCUCCCACUUUCGUUCGAAGAAUUGUGGCUGCAAAACUUUGCACGCGCUCUUGCUGUACAUGAACUUACAUUCAAACGAGGUCGCAUACAUGCGGACC